GUUCCUCAGCCAAUCCCAGCCUCGACCGCUUUUCUGGCGUUUUCUGCCUGAAACCGUCGUGUUCGUAGACUGGAUACGAACUACAAUUCCCAGGAGGCUUUGCAUCACGCCGCUUCAGUUUCAAUACCGCCGAUUGGUCCGGUAGGACUAUGGUUCCCACAGUUCCUGGCGUCGGAGUCCUUCUUCCGGCCUACGUGUCUCCCAGGAAGAGGGCUGGGUAUAGGUGUGGCGACAUGGCUCCUCCGGCUCCCGGCGCGGCUUCUGGCGGCUCCGGAGAGGUAGACGAGCUGUUCGACGUGAAGAACGCUUUCUACAUCGGCAGCUACCAGCAGUGCAUCAACGAGGCGCAGCGAGUGAAGCUGUCCAGUCCCGAGAGAGAAGUGGAGAGGGAUGUCUUCCUGUACAGAGCGUACAUUGCACAGAGGAAGUAUGGCGUGGUCCUAGAUGAGAUCAAGCCCUCCUCCGCCCCAGAGCUCCAGGCUGUGCGCAUGUUUGCUGACUACCUUGCCACUGAGAACCGGAGGGACGCCAUCGUGGUGGAGCUGGACCGUGAGAUGAGCAGGAGUGUGGAUGUGACCAAUACCACCUUCCUGCUAAUGGCUGCCUCUGUCUACUUCCAUGACCAGAAUCCGGAUGCAGCCCUGCGCACCCUGCACCAGGGCGACAGCCUCGAGUGCACGGCCAUGACAAUUCAGAUCCUCCUCAAGCUGGAUAGGCUGGACCUAGCCCGGAAGGAGCUGAAGAGAAUGCAGGACCAAGAUGAGGAUGCCACCCUCACCCAGCUAGCCACUGCCUGGGUCAACCUGGCUGUGGGUGGCGAGAAGCUGCAGGAAGCCUACUACAUCUUCCAGGAGCUGGCUGACAAGUGCUCACCCACGCUGCUGCUGCUCAAUGGCCAGGCAGCCUGCCACUCGGCACAGGGCCGCUGGGAGACCGCAGAGGGUGUGCUGCAGGAGGCGCUGGACAAGGACAGCGGCCACCCCGAGACCCUCAUCAACCUCAUUGUACUGUCACAGCACCUAGGCAAGCCCCCUGAGGUGACAAACCGAUACCUCUCGCAGCUGAAGGAUGCGCAUAGGACCCAUCCCUUCAUCAAGGAGUACCAGGCCAAGGAGAACGAUUUCGAUCGCCUUGCACGGCAGUAUGCGCCCAGCGCCUGAGGUGGAGAUGCCCCUUGUGACCCCAACUGUUCCGGAUGUCACCCUCACUUCCUUGUCUGCCAAUAAAGUCUGACCAUCUUC